CGCCCGACCGAUUCACACAUUUUUAUUUUUCUUCCGAACGUAGCUCCGCGAUAUUCCGAUUUUAACAGAAAAGCACUCUAUCGAGUCUAAGCCCUAGGCGAGAAUCGCGCGUGACGAGUGCCAGCCGCGCGGUUCGCCCAGUUGACUCCGACCGAAUCCAAAAUGGCAGGACGGAUUGGUCUCCGGAUCCGUGCGCCAGGCCGCCUUUGACCGAGCAGUUUUGAUCGCGGACAGUAUGUGCCUCGUUAUAUAAAUGUUACGCAAGUUCGGGACGGGGGCCGCGUGGAGGUGCAUCCGUUACAGCCUGUAACAUCGACCGUGCAGUGAACCUUGGAGCCCAUGUAACGCACUCGAGGACUCUUACCAGUAUGAGUGCGUAUGGCAUGUCGAGCGGCGGCGAGAUGGAUGCGCUGUCGCGGAGGCUGCGCGAAGCCGAGCGUGCGCGAGCGGACGCUGAGCGCUCGCACGCCGACGCGCUAGCGCAGCUCCGCUCAGCGCAGCGCUCGCCACAUGACUCGCAUAACGUCGAACAGCUACAGUCCAGAGUGCGGGAACUUGAAAAGAAGGCGGCAUUGGAAACGGUUCGUUGCGAGGAGUUACAGUUGGAGCUGUCGUCAGCAAUGCGAGCGCGGGGCACGUCGACCACAGCUACAUGGUCGACACAGGCCUCGCAACCAGCCUCUGAAAUAGAACGCAUUAUGGCUAAGAUCGAACAAGACAACCGCAUUCUGGCCGAAUUGGAAUAUUCUAGAUCUACGACCCACGGAAUACAAUCGAGCGGAUCAAACCAGGCGCUCGGGGAAUUUCAUUCGCCGACACCGUCGCCUUUACCUCAUACGUAUACAAGCACGUCAAGCCACGCAGCCCUCUGUCAGAGUAACACCAUGCCCACUCUCUCCUCUCUACACGCCACAUCACAUUUCACCGCCCCUAGUUCUAACUCCAUGGCCUACUCUAUGAGUGCGCACAAUCCUACUUCAUAUUCAAAUCCUGUCUCCGCUUCCUAUGGUAUGACUAACCCACACCAGGUCACUUUUACCAAUCCAGUUACAGCCCCGCUUGGAAACAACAUUAGUCAAAUCUCCAGUACUCUGGCAGGGCUACAAUCGAAUCUUCAAAACCUUGGAAAUGUUUCUGCUAUGGGAUUGGGUGGAACAUUAGUUGGACCAGCAAUUACAGGAACAAUGACAGGAACUGGACUUUCUAGUUGCCUUAAUAACCCACCGACAAGUUUAUCUGGAGGACUUACAAGCACGCUCGCUGGAUUAGCCUCAAAUUUAAGUAGUGCACUGGGAAAUCCACUAUCAAAUCUUACAGGAGGGACUCAAUUAGGAGGAUUGAACACUAGUUUAACCGGCACGAGUGCGUACGGGGCUGGUUCUGGUACUUAUACAAAUCCACUUUUGUCGAGCAGCCUGGGAGCGAACACAAUGAAUAUCAAACUUAAACCGAUAGAUGAAAUAGACCUUGGUUUAAGUCGAUAUGGGACUAAUAAUCCAUCUAUAGUUAGAGCUGCAACACCUGUAACACCGCACCAACCUACUUGGAACCUAGGAUUAGAUAGCCAAUUUGGAACUGAUAGAAUAGGAAAUACAGACACAUUCCUCCAUGAUCGAGGUCCAAGAUCCAUAAGACUUUUACCCAAUAACAUUAUGUUGGAUGUUGACGUACGAAAUACCCAUUAUAUGAAUGGCGGUGCACCUUCGGAACCUCAAGUUGAUAUGUUGGAUAUUCCAGGAAAAGGGCGAUGUUGCGUUUACAUCGCGAGAUUCUCUUAUGAACCCCCAGAAGUUGAAACUGCGGAAGGAGAGUUAUCUAUCUGCGCUGGUGAUUACCUUUUAGUAUGGGGACCUCCAGACCCUAGUGCAACAAUGCUUGACGCAGAAUUGUUAGAUGGUCGACGAGGUCUCGUUCCUGCAAAUUUUGUUCAAAGAUUAGUUGGGGACGACCUCUUAGAGUUUCAUCAGGCCGUAGUAGCUACAUUGCGGGAUGCUGAUGAAACUGCAACCACAGCUAUAAGUGACCUGUCGCUCAGUAGAGAUGUGGCACGUCUUAGUGAAAUGGCAGAUAUCAGUGAGUGUCCCGAAGACGACGACAAUGUGCCUGCACCGCGUCAGCUGACCUUGGAGAGACAGCUCAACAAAUCUGUGCUGAUUGGAUGGACGGCGCCCGAGGGGGUACAGCAAGCAAACAUCGAAAGUUACCAUGUUUACGUCGAUGGCGUUCUGAAAACUACGGUUAAAGCAACUGAGCGCACGCGCGCAUUGGUUGAAGGAGUAGAUGCCAAUCGGCCACAUCGUAUUAGCGUACGUUCAGUGACAGUCACUCGACGAACGUCCAGAGAUGCCGCUUGUACAAUGGUGAUAGGCCGGGAUACUGGAAAUAUGGGUCCUACAUGUGUAAGAGCAAGCGGAGUUACCUGUUCUCAAGCAGUUAUAUCAUGGUUACCGGCUAAUUCAAAUCAUCAGCAUGUUGUUUGUGUUAAUAAUGUUGAAGUACGUACAGUGAAACCAGGUGUUUAUAGACACACGAUAACCGGUCUCUCACCAAGUACUCAAUAUAGGGUCACAGUCAGAGCUAAGCAUUUGAGGGCCGGUCCGCCCGGAGUUCCGAUUGAAGAAGCUCCCGGGGCUUAUACUGACUUCAGAACUUUGCCAAAAGGUCUGCCGGAUCCGCCAAAUGAAAUAAUGGUGGAAGCUGGGCCCCAGGACGGCACCCUGCUAGUGACGUGGCAGCCGGUGCUCCGCCCGCCCGCCUCUGGACCUGUCACAGGAUACGCGGUGUACGCCGACGGGAAGAAGGUGACUGAUGUCGAUUCGCCUACCGGUGAUCAUGCGCUCAUCGACAUUGGCAAAUUGAUCGGCCUCAAUCCAAAAUGCGUUACUGUGCGAACAAAAUCGCGGGACAGCCAGUCGAGUGAUAGUGCACCUACAGCAAUACCACCGGCUGUGCUCCGAGGGGUCGUCUCUAGGGUUCCUCGUGGACCAGGUAUUGGUCCCAAUCAGCCAGCUCAGGGCUUUCGAGGGCAACGACCCCAACCUUACCAACAACACCAGCAAGUAAUAGAGCAUGACGAAAAUCUUUCUGACAAGGAAAUAUUCCCAGCCGCUAAUCGUCAUGAUCCGCAAACGACUCAGCCCACGAGCGGAUUCGGCACAGGCCUCCUAAAGAGUAUAUUCGACAAAAUAACCCCUUCGCAAUCGGGGAUACCGGCCAUCGAAAUCACUAAAGAGGGAGCGGUGGAGGGCGGUAGUGAAGACGAAGAGGCAACGCACCGCCGCGCGCAGCAGCCGUCCCAACCUGCACAAGCGUCGCAGCAGCCUUCGGGGCAGCAGUUCCCGAAUACACCAGCCUACCAUGGCACGCAGCAACCCCCCUUUCAACAGGGCGGCCAAUUCCCAAGUAACCAGCCGACCCAGUACCCCAGCCAGACCCAGCCAUAUCAGAACCCUCCGCCCAGAAACCACCACGAAAGAGGACGCCCUCCUAAUCCUCACCAGCAGCAAAUGCAGCAAAUGCAGCAAGGGCCACAAGGUCAAAUGCCUCAGUAUGGCCCACGAGGAGGUCCUCCAAUGGGUCCAAGAGGCCCCCCGCCAGGCCAGCGUCCCCAACAAGGCCACCCACAAUCCAAGAGGUGUCGUUAUUUCAUGGCGCUUUUUGACUACGAUCCAGUCACCAUGAGUCCCAACCCUGAAAGUUGUGAUGAGGAACUGCCAUUUAGCGACGGAGACAUUAUAAAGGUCUGGGGUGACAAGGACGCAGAUGGUUUCUAUUGGGGUGAAAGCCGCGGUCGCCGAGGCUACGUGCCCCACAAUAUGGUUGCGGAGGUAUCAGAGCAAGAAGCCACGGGGCAGACCACUGCCAAGCCCCGGGACAGAUGGACGGACGCUUACGCGCAGCCUUUGCGAAGAAUGGUCGCCCUUUAUGAUUACGAUCCUCAGGAGCUCAGUCCUAAUGUUGACGCUGAUGUGGAGCUGAGUUUUCACACAGGGCAAAUAAUCCAUGUGUAUGGAGAUAUGGACGACGAUGGAUUCUUUAUGGCAGAGAUUGACGGUGUUAGAGGACUGGUGCCGAGUAAUUUCCUCGCGGAAGCCACCGACCAAUACGGACCUGGCGGUCAGGCUCCUCAAGGCGUUGGAGCACCGGGCGGUAGAACGGCAAUCCCAGGAACAAUUCCUGGAGGAGGGCAGGGUCGCGGACGAGGUCCUCCCCCAGGUCCCGGUGCCCGAGGCCCUCCCCCUCCCCCUAGAGACAACGUAGCACCAGCCCCGAGGAACCACCAUCGAAAAACAGAUGCCUGCCCUCUUCCCCCUUCUCAGUUAGACCACAACACAUGCGCCAGUAAUCCAGAACAGGCGAAUUCUCAGCAGGCGAGGGCGAGAGGCGUGGUGAGCGCGCCGCAGACGACCACCGCCCGCACGAGCGCUGGUAACGUGAGCACGCCCACCGCUGUUCAGUCGCCGGGCUCCGCGGCAACGCUGUCCGCAAUGCCGCCCAUCGGCACAACCACGGCCGUCAGCACGUCGCCAGCCCGCCGUGGAGGCCCGGCCGUAGUGCCCGCGCCCACCGCGCAACCGCCCUCCCAGGCUCAGCAGCAACCUCCAACGUCGCAGGCCAACCUUAUGCAGAAAUUCACCGAGAUGACCGCUCCCGGCGGCGACAUCCUCAGCAAGGGCAAGGAACUAAUCUUCAUGAAGUUCGGCCUCGGCGGCAAAUAAUGUCGGCACGGCCUCUAGGGCCUCUAUCCUCGUGUGAGUGAAUGCGACCUUUUUAUGUACCUACGCCUGAGCGGAGGGUUCUGAUGCUAUUUCUCUGUCGGCUCUUAAUUUGGCCGAGUUGUGUAUUGAAUUUUUCUACUCUAGGCAAUUCGAUUUACCCUUAACCGUAAUUUAAGGAAAUCUUGUAAAUAAUUAAAAAUUAAAAAAAUUCAAUAAACGCACAGUUUAGCGAAUAUUCAAAUAUUUAGUGGUCUCGAUAGUUCGCACGGUUGAAGAAUAAACACCCAUGGUUAUAGUUACGUGUAAUGUUUUCUAUCUUCCAGACCUGUGCCCGUCUGCCAGGUUAGUUUAUAAGUACCCAACAUUGUGGAGGCUCAUCGAGCUAAAGCUCAGUCUGCAUCCAUUCCAUGGAAACUACGCAUACGGUGAUCCUCCACAAUAGUCGACUUUGUAUUUAUUUCGUGUAUAAGUACGUAUUAUCCUUAUUUAUAUGCACUCUGACUGUUAUACUUCCAAUAGGUUAGAUUGCGAACGUUUUUAUACGUUGUUAAUCGCUAGAUAUCAGUUUCCUUAUCAAAUAAAAUAGACGAUUCUAGUCUCGCAACAUAAGUGGACAUGUUUUAUAACGGCGUAGGUACUAACGACAUUUUUACACGGGUAAAACUUCGAUUGGCCCAUUAUUUGUGGUGAUUCGUGUUUGAACCUGCAACCGUCCUUGCAGAACUGUAUCAUUAGCACCAGAUUGCUGCACCUCACAAGCUCGACAGUAUCGACUAUCGAACAAAACACGUAAUCGAUUAGGCUCGAGGCAUUGCGCCUUAAUUGCCGUGUUGUUAAAGAUUUUUAUUUUUCUCGAAAGAAUCACUUCAGUAACUACAUUUAAUCGCAUAAUAGACAUUGACAGAAAACAAUAACUUCACUUGAAACUUUUAAAUAUAUACUGUA